AUGAUCGUGAGGCUCGACCAGACGUGGCCCGACGACGUACCGCUCCUUCCCAUCCCCACCCUCGCGGGGCCUUCACCUCAGGUCAUGUCGACGGCUCCGCCCAACAAGCCCGACGCCAUACCGCUCUACGCCGUAACUCAUAUCGCUGGAGGGGCCGCGCCGCUCACGAGCCACUACUUCUCGAGGCCCGGCGCCGCUUCAUCUUCAUACUAUGUCGCAGCCGCUCCCCUCGCCAUCGUGGUCGUGGUGGUUCUGAUCUAUCCACUGGUGUCGCUCCUCCUGCUGACGUCACUGGGCUCGUGCCUGGUGCUGUACAAACGCGCCAAAGACAAAGAGGAAGAGGAGUACCAGAGAAAACAGGAGAAAGAAGAGAACGAGCAGGAGGGAGCCAAGUCCAAGGAGGAGCAGCACGAGAAAACGGCGCCGGGAGCCGCGGAAAAGAAGCCAGCUCGCGACGCCAUCGACUCUGAACCGUCAGCCAAGAAACCCAGGGAGGACAUCGGGGCCAAUGACAAGCCAGCGGACGGACCGGCGAGUCCCCGACUUCUUCAAAGGCAGCUCGACAAGGACGACAGCCCUCAGUCGCCAUUGCGGCGGGCGAGGACAUCGUCGAAGGAGCUCUAUGGCUACUGCCGCUCGUUCAUGCCCCAGCUCAUGCGAGCCGGCCAGCCCUUCUUCAUGGACUCUUCGCUCGAAGCUCCGGAGGCGGACCUGAGCUCGUGUUCGAAGCGCACCAAGUCGCGCGUGAUCGCGCUGGGCAACUACCUUAAGGGCUACUACGCCAGCCACUUCGAAUACAUCGUCGCCCGCCGUCAGAGACAGCGCAUGAUUGAGAGACACAUACGAAAGGCCAAGCUGUCGGAGGAGGAGGCGCGUUACUACCGCGCCGGCAAGGCCGCUAAGGAGACCCUCUACCUCCGGCUCAGGCGCACACGCAUCCGAGUCAACGAUUUCCAAGUGUUGUCGCUGCUCGGUCGGGGCGGCUAUGGCGAGGUGUUCCUCUGUCGCCACAGGGAGAGCGGCGAGGUCGUGGCGCUCAAGCGGAUGAAGAAGUCCGUGUUCAUCAACAAGAACGAGGUGCCGCGCGUGAAGCGAGAAAAGGAAGUGAUGGCCAAGCUCAAGUCCGGCAAGGAGAAUCCCUGGAUGAUCAACCUCAUCUCCUCCUUCCAGGACGCCGAGCAUCUCUAUCUGUGCAUGGAAUACCUGCCCGGUGGCGACCUUCGCAACUUGCUGGACAACAUGGGUCGUCUUUCGGAGGACCACGCACGGCUUUAUAUCGCCGAGGUCAUCCUCGCGGUGGAGGCGCUCCACCAACUCGGCUACAUCCACCGAGAUUUGAAGCCCAACAACUUCUUGAUCGACAAGAAGGGCCACUUGCGCCUAAUCGAUUUUGGGUUGUCGAAGGAGGGCGCACGCAAGAAUGUACUAAAGACGCGCCGCGUGUCCCUACGCUUCGACGUGGCAUCUCUCAAGGCCUCGCACCACUCCCCCGAAUGGGCCUACUCGAUGGUGGGGUCUCCCGAGUACAUGGCCCCGGAGAUCGUGGGCGUGGGGCUGGCCGACUCCAAGGAGAAGGGCUACGACGAGACCGCCGAUUGGUGGUCGGUCGGCAUUCUCCUCUUCGAGAUGAUCUACGGCUACACGCCGUUCAUGUCGGACACGGUGGAGGAGAUCUUCUACAACAUCUCCACGUGGAAGGAGGUGUUGCAGUUCCCCGACCUGGCGUCGAUCGGUGAGGACGAGAUCUCCCCGCCGGCGCUGGACCUCAUGAAGCGACUCAUCUGCGAUCCCGAGGUGCGGCUGGGCAAGACCGCCGGAGCGGAGGACAUCAAAAGCCACGCCUUCUUCGACAAUUUCGAUUGGAGGCACAUCCGCUCGCUCACGCCUCCCUUUGUCCCCAAGUUGCAAAACGAGUGGGACACCACCUAUUUCAAUGUGGCCAAUAUGGACAACAUGGCUACCGACAUCGGCCAGCUCGUCGAAAUGGAACUCAAGUCGCAGGCCAUCACCACCCGGCCUGGUGGUCCAGGUGGUGGCACAGGCACGGACUCCCCGAAAGCGGGAGCGAGCCCUCAAGCCCCACGGCGCGUCCCGCUCGGCGAAGUUUGGAGAAGGUCGACCCAUUUUGCGUCGAAGGACGACAAUCUGUUCGCGGGCUUCACCUUCUACGCGCCGCCAGACGCCACGGCAACGCUCAAGGGUCCCAAGAAGAACUCGAAGCAGCACCAGAUGAUGAAGGAGAUGAUCAAGGACAAGGUCAACAAGAUGGAGAUCGAGGGCAAGCAGGCUACUUCAGCAAGCACAAGCGACCCGCUGGAAGACGAUGAGGACGACACGUCGAGUGAGGGCUUCACCAACGCCGAAGUGAGCGGCGCCUUUGGUGUGAGCCUCUAA